CUGCACUACGGGACCCUCCUGGGCAGCAGAGCUUGUGUCCACAUGGCAGCAGCUGCCUGGGGCAGUGGGUUUCUCUAUGCUGUGCUGCACACGGCCAAUACAUUUUCUAUACCACUCUGCCAGGGUAAUGCCCUGGGCCAGUUCUUCUGUGAAAUCCCUCAGAUCCUCAAGCUCUCCUGCUCAGACACCUACCUCAGGGAAGUUGGGCUUCUUAUAUUAAGCUGUUUUUUAGUUUUUGGUUGUUUUGUUUUCAUUGUGCUGUCCUAUGUGCAGAUCUUCAGGGCAGUGCUGAGGAUCCCCUCUGAGCAGGGACGGCACAAAGCCUUUUCCAUGUGCCUCCCUCACCUGGCUGUCAUCUCCCUGUUUGUCAGCACUGGCAUAUUUGCUCACCUGAAGCCCCCCUCCAUCUCCUCCCCAUCCCUGGACCUGGUGGUGGCAGUUCUGUACUCGGUGGUGCCUCCAAGUGCCUAUGGUAUAUUUUAA